AUGUCUCGAAGGCUGCUUGUCGCACCCCAAAUGUGGUCAUCGUGUCGAACAGAAGCUACAUCGUUCGCGUUCCGUGGCCCUCCGACCCGGGCUCCACUCGCGAUCGGCCAGGACCAGCGUCAUCGUUACGCCCCCUCAAGCAGUACAGCACGCUUCGUCUCGCGUAUCGCAGCCGGAUCAACAUUCAAUUCACCCAAUGCAUUUUCCGGACUACGGGCUGCGUUCCAGCGGCCGUCGUCAUCGCCGUGCGUCCCGUCGACGUCACCCCCACAUGCCUCGUCCCCGAUCCUCCGGCGGCUACUGCACUCGUCCCGCACCUCGCACGGCCCACGCUCCUACUAUCCUUCCUCGCAAUCACCCCGCUCACAACCACGCUCGUCCUCUCUCGUGGCGCGGCUCAACUCGUUCUCGCCCAAUACGGUCCUGUACGCCCUGAUCGCGCUCAACGUCGCCGUCUUCCUCGCGUGGCAGUUCGCCCAUCAGGUCUACCAGCAGUACCGCGAUCCUUCCUUGCUCAGGAACUUGCAAAACAACUUCACCACAAGCUGGAGGAACAUCACCCAGGGCAGGGUAUGGUGUUUGCUGACCAGUUGUUUCAGUCAUGAGGGCACAGGUGCGUGGCUCAGAUCAGAUACCGGGUGACAGACCAGACACUGACCACUUUUUCCUUUCGAUCAUCAGGGCAUAUCUUGAUGAAUCUUCUUUCGUACGUCGAGGUCGUCAACCAUCGUGCAGCUGGAAAAAUCCUGACCGCACGUGAAAAUCCUGUCUCCGCAGCCUCUACUUUAUGGGACCCCCGGUGAUGAUGAUGCUCGGCAACGCCGGAUUCCUCUCCUUGUACCUCUUCUCCGUAAGGCCGUAGUUGACUCUUACCCUAUAUACUCUACCACUGACUCUGAGUCCCCAAUCCCCCUGUCCGACUGACUCGUAGGGCGCCGUCGCGUCGUUGACCUCGCUCCUCUUCUCGCGUCUCUCCCUUCCUCAAUCGCAAUCGCUCGUCUACUCGGCCCACGGUGCCUCAGGGGCCAUCUACGGUUGUCUAUCCUUCUUCGCCGCGGCGUACCCUCGAACGACCUUCCUCCUCUUCUUCGUCGUGCCCGUUCCCGCCUGGGCUUGCGUGGCCGGUAUCUUGGGAUGGGAUUUGUACGGCGCUUUGGGUAGGAGAGGCGGUACGACCGAUUCAGCGGGGCAUGUGGGCGGCGUGGUGGCGGGGUUGAUGUGGUUUGCUUUGUUGAGGGGUCGGUUUAGGUAG